AUGGCUACAACAAGUGACCAGCGCGCUGAGAGUCCUCAUCCGGAGACGGCUGAACCUGAAGUAUCGAGUACAGCUCUACCAAUCACCUUGCUGUCUGGAUUUUUAGGAGCAGGGAAGACUACACUUUUGCAACACAUCCUCAAGAGUGAUCAUGGCCUUCGUAUCGCCGUCAUUGUCAAUGACAUGGCAGGCAUAAAUAUCGAUGCUUCGCUCAUCAGACAAACCCACCGACUGAGAAAGUCAAAUGAGAAGGUCGUGGCCCUUCAGAAUGGAUGCAUAUGCUGCAAUCUCCGUGGCGACCUAUUGGAAGAGCUUCUAGACCUAUGGAAGCUCCAGCAGUUUGACUAUGUUCUAAUUGAGUGCAGCGGUAUCACAGAACCAGAGCAGGUUGCUGAGACAUUUGAUGCUCGUCUUACCGAGUAUCUGGAAGGUACCGGCGAGGGUAUAGAUCAAAUAACUCUGGAGACCUUGAAAGAGAUACCGUGGAUUAGCAAGGAGCUGGGAGGUUUGGAAAAGAUUGCCCGGAUUGACACUACUGUCACUGUCGUGGAUGCUUUUAGCGUGCUCGGAGAGUUUCAAACAGAUGAGCUGGUUUCAGAUCGGCAGCAGGUCGAGAAGAAAGACGAGCGGACUGUCUCUGAUCUCAUGGCCGAUCAGAUUGAGUUUGCUGAUGUGAUUUUGCUAAAUAAGACUGACAUGGUGGAUGACCAUACGAGAGGUCGUAUUUUGUCACUGUUAAAACAGCUCAAUCACCGAGCAAGAGUAGUGGAAACUCGCUACAGCAAGAUCGACCCGAGGCAGAUUUUGAACACGGGAUUGUUCAAUUUGGAGGUGGCCCAGACAGGAUACGGGUGGCUCCAGGAUUUGCACGCGAUGACUGUUCAAGAGAUAAAUGGUGGGAACGCAGUGUCGCUCAAACCGAAAUCGCAGGAUUAUACCGUGCAAAGUUUCAUCUACUCUCAGUACCGGCCUUUCCACCCCAAACGACUAUUUGCUUUGGUUUAUGAUAAGUUCAUCUUGCAGUUGGAGCAUCCUAGUGAUGAAGAGAGUGAUGACGAGAGAAUGGACGAAGACACUGACGGCCAACUUGAGGAGGACAGCGACAUGGCAGAUGCCCUCCACAACAAGUUCCUCAUCCCGUCAAAUGAAACCAUCAUGAUCAAUAAGCGCAAUCAUCCUAUUCUCUCCCCGCUCUUUAGGUCCAAAGGUGAAUUCUUUCUCGCCACUCGCCCACAUAGGGCUGGCGAAUGGUCUCAGGCGGGAUCGAUACUCUCUCUCACUGGCGGCCGCCCUUGGUUCUGUACGCUUUCACCUGAGGAAUACACGACUGGCGACAAAAGCGUGGACAGGCUGGUGCAGCACGACAUUAAGAAAGGCGGAGAGUGGGGAGACCGUCGUCAGGAGUUGGUUUUCAUUGGCGAAAACAUCAACCACGAAGGACUCAGAGGCCUACUCGAUGAUUGUUUGCUCACUGAUGAAGAAUACGGGACCUGGCAGGAAAUUAUGAGAGAUACUACAAGAGAUGACGAAUCGAAGUAUGAGGCUCUCGAGAAUACUUUUGAGGAUGGAUUUCCUGAUUGGCCAAGGGAUGAGGAUGACGGCGAGCAUGAUCACGAUCACGCCCAUGAUCAUUGCGGCCAUGAUCAUGGCCAUUCUCAUCACCGUGGUGCCAACUCAGGCAAGACGACCCUGGCAAAUAGCGUGUAA